CUUCGCCUCCUACCCCCAGCUUUGGUCAACAUUGAAAAUCCACACGCAACCAACUUGUCAGUUGGCACUAUAUGACUCAAGGAAGAAACAUCAAUUCGUCGGCAUCCCAUGUUAGGUUUGGACACCGGAGAAUAUGAAUGGGUGUUGUCAAGACAUUCAUAAUUAUUGUACUGCCUUCACUGCAAAGUGGUGGAAGAAGAAGACAACAAACUGAGUCAUUAGGUUGGUAAAAAAGCGUCUUCCGUUCCGCUCUGGUGUAGAAGGUAUGUCAUAUUAUCUAUUUUUCUUUGUUACUGACUUUAAUUGUCUGGUCAAUUCUGGCUGGAAUAAAUGCAUUUUGACUUUGUUAAUUCAUUUUUCUGUUCUCACUUUUUGUUUUCAGUUUGUUUUGGAAAUAAAGAUGAGGAUUGUUGAUUUAGCGGCCUCCAAAUUGGAGCUAUUUAAAAAAAAAAAGUGGUGAGCUUUUUGAGUUUUAUUUACAAAAUAACAUAUACAUUUGACUUAACUUCACUUUAUGAAGCGGUUUUAGAUGAAUUCACGCGAAUUUAAGCACUCCCCGGGAAGCAUACACGGACUUGCAACUUUCUGCAAUUGUCCAAUUUUGGCCAAUCGAAUUUGUCUCUGAACGGCGCUCAAACGCGAACUUAUAUCUUAUCAAAAAUGAUGUUUAUUUAUUGUGUACACAAAGCCGGAACAACAACAUGUAUCAAUAUAUUAACUCUUCAUUGCUCAAACGCCACAAUUGUCGUCCCCCCGCGUAGCUCGGACCCUCUUCCUGUUCCCGUCUACAGCGCUAAGCCUGCUGGGUAAUGUGAUAUAUGUAUUUGUAUAUUUAUUUAACCUUUUUAAAUCCAGGGUAAGGCACAUAACAGGGGAACAGAGUUUCAUUUGCAAUGCUGACCUAGCAGGGAGGCAGCAUUUAAAUCAGGGGUCGGGAACCUUUAUGGCUGAGAGAGCCAUGAAAGCCAAAUAUUUUCAAAUGUAUUUCUGUGAGAGCCAUAUAACAUUUUUUUAACACUGCACUGCAAAAAGUCAGUGUUCAAAAACAAGAAAAAAAAAAUAAAAAAAUUAGGGGUAUUUUAUUUGAACUAAGCAAAAUUAUCUGCCAAUAGAACAAGAAAAUUUGGCUUGUCCAGACUUUCCAAAACAAGUAAAAUUAGCUAACCUCAAUGAACCCAAAAAUACCUUAAAAUAAGUAUAUUUUCACUAAUAACAAGACCUUUUUGCUCAAUAUGUUGACAAAUAUUCUUAAAUUAAGUAAAUGCUAGUGUCAUUAUCUUGACAUAAUGAUAUGAGCUCGGCAUUACAUUUCUUGAAACCAGCAAAUUUAUACUAAAAACUAAUUUAUUGUUCUUAAUGGAAAGGCAACAAGGCAACCGCUUGUUACUCUCGUGGUCUCCUAGCCGCUCAGGCAAAUCAUAUGGUCUAAAAAUGCAUUUUUCCAUCGAUAACAUGACAUCAUCGCACCAAGUGCGCGCUCUUUCAGUCAAUUAGUGCGCAUAUAUACAUAUAUCUUUUUUUUAAUUGUAAUUUUGAAGAAUUUACCUGAAUGUGCACAAACUAUUUCUGUUCAAAAUAGUUUGAAAUGUCACAUGUUAAAUGUUUAAAUAUUAACUGUCAGUUUACUGUACUGUACUACUAUAUGAGUACGUAUGUUCUAUUGUUUAAUUGAAAAUAAAACAGCAAAGUCCAUUUGGCUGUUAUCUGUUUUAAUUAUGAGACACAAUUGUGUCAAAGUCAUGAUUUUUUUUUUCAUGCUAGAAGAAAGAAAUGAUUACUUUUAAAAAAGUAAUUUUAUACUUGUGAGUGUUUAUGACACAGCUUUGCAACAGUUGAUAUUCUAGUUUCAAGCAUGUUUUACUCAAUAUAGGUCAUAAAAUCUUAGCAACAAGGUGUAAUAUCUUACUGAGAUCAUUUAGGAUCAAAACCCUUAAAACAAGUAAAACACUAACAUAAAAUCUGCUUAGUGAAAAUAAUUAUCUUAUCAGACAGAAAAUAAGCAAAUAUCACCCUUAUUUGAGAUAUUUAAUCGUACUUAGAUUUCAGUUUUUGCAGUGUGAUGACAAAUAAAUGCGUGCAUUUUUAAAUAAGACCAACAUUUUUUAGAGUAUAAUAAGUCUCUUAUUCUUUUUAAUAACAUUGUUAAUCUGAAACUAACUAAUGAUAAAUAAAAUACUUCGUACCUUUAAUGCGACUUCUUGAACAGGUGUGGUACAAAACGGAUGGACGGAUUAAAAUGCAUGAGAAUGUUUUAUAUUUUGAACAUUAUUUUUAACACUGAUUACCAGCUGAAUUAUUCAUUACUUAUCGUGUUAAGCAAUGUCAGCUAAGAUUUAUCUGGGAGCCGGAUGCAGUCAUCAAAAGAGCCACAUGCGGCUCGAGAGCCAUAGGUUCCCUACCCCUGAUUUAAAUGUUAAAAAUGUUGAAGUCUGAUGAUAAUCUCUUAUUGUCUCUCAUUUACCAACACAAAUUAGAUCACUUUCAACAGUUCAAAAAUGUUCUUAACUAGUAGGGGUGAAUGUGUUGGAACAUAAUUGAAUGUUUAGGAUGGCGAAACACUUUUCGAGCGUAAAGGCAUGUUUCAUGUUAAACUUGUGGACGAUAUGGAUGCCUUUGGUGGUGUUUCUUUCCAUAAAAUAUAUACUUUCUAUAUUACAUUUCUUACUAUUAUUAGUUAUGGUUAAUUAAAACGGUCCAUUAAUUUGACAAUGAGCUCCGAGUAUGUGCUUUUACUCUAUUGUGCACUUUUAAGUCUUUGCGGUAUAAAACGAGUAAAACAUCAAUACAGUAUUUUCUUCUCCCAUUUCUGUAGCAAUCUUGUGCUUUUUAAAGUUAACGUUACAUGAAACACUUACCUCUCUGAUAACAAAUUCAUUAAAAAAAAGCCUACAAAAUCCUAGAAGGACUGCAUAAUGUCUGAAAUCAGGUGGCAGGUUUCCUGGGGCGCCUACCGCAAUUCUGAACAAACCAAAAAAAAAAACAGUAUAGAGGACUCAACUCCCUUUUAUCAAUCGACACUUAAAAUGUUCCAUGGCACAUAUGGGGCUGGGGGGGAUUUAUUGUUCAUGUUGAUGAUUGAUGACAAUUACUCAUUAACUCGGGAAUUUAAGGUUUAGGCAGGACACACUGCACCAUUGACCACUCAUUGGUCCCAAGAAUGAAGGUCCUGCAAAAAGAUGAGGUGCUGAUUGCGGAAGGAAAGCUGCUAAAAUACUUACCCAAGUGUUUUCAGAUCUUUGGAGUAGUAUUUGCCUUCAACAAGAACAAAACAAAAUCCGUACAGUUCAUCGUUGAUACAUGGCCUGAUUUUAAAGUCAUCAUUUGCCGAACUGAUCCACAGAAAAAUCGAGGCUUCACAAGAAAGGUGUCGCUCUUCAGCACGGAUGAGCGGAUUUUGAAGAAAAUGCUGUCAGAGGAGGAUCCAUUCGACUGGAGUUCUUGCUUUCGUCUUGGAGGUUGUGACGUUUCUCAUACCACCAUGUUGAAAGAGGUUUCAUCGAACAGAAAUGUCAACUGCAAAUGUGUGACUGUGACGCAUCUUCUGUAUUUGCCAGGGAGUAGUCAUCUGGUCACACCUACAUUUGACAGUCAGCUGAAAUACAGGAUUUCAUCUCUCGAUUGUUCCCACGCUGACCUGGUAAAUCGCACAUGGAAGUUGGGUGGAACUGAACAAGCCAAGAACAAUGUCACAUUCCUCAUCAGCAACUUCCCAUCAUGUUGCAUCACUGAUUACCAGGGUCGGCCUAUAUCAUGGAUGGGGAUGUAUGAAUCCUUGGCAAUAGGCAUGUUGUAUACUCAGCCUGAGCACAGACAGAAGGGUUACGCCAAAGUGUUGGUCCAUACCAUGGCCCGCAGACUCCUUGCUGACGGCUACCCAGUGUUCUGCUACAUAGAGGAGGGCAAUGCCGUCUCUUACAAGCUUUUUAAAAGUAUGGGCUUUAUUGAGGAUCCUUCAUUCAGAGCAUCAUUGUUUGAGUUCAAAGUCUGAUAUUUUUAAAAGGGAACUGCACUUUUUGGGGAAUUUUGCCUAUCGUUCACAAUCACUAUGAGAGACAAGAAUAUAACAUGUCUUU